AAUGGCGAACGAAGCGGAGGAGACUGUACGCAAGCUUUCUACUCAUAAGGGCGUAGCGGGCGUUAUUGUAGUAAAUGGCGAAGGCAUACCCAUUAAAACUACAUUGGACAACCACGUUUCCGUACAAUAUGCUGGACUUAUGACAGCGUUAGUUGACAAAGCAAAAGCUGUCGUCCGAGACUUGGACCCUUCAAAUGACUUGACAUUUCUAAGAAUUAGAAGCAAGAAAAGUGAAGUAAUGGUUGCUCCAGAUAAAGAAUUCAUAUUGAUAGUCGUGCAAAAUCCUGUUGAGUGAUGGAAGACUGGUUUCUUUUUUAAAAAUAUAAAUUUUUGUAAAUAAUUGAUUUACUAAAUUUUAACAUCUCAAAUUUCAGUAUUAGAAUAAAAUAUGCAAUGUUAUU